CCAAGAGGCAGGCGAGAAAGGAUCUCAAGAGGGUUUUUUGGUCUAAGGCUGAAUCCGGCUCGGCUCCAACUUGCGGAGUUUUGGAUAACCGCUCUUCAAGCUAUUUCACCUUUUUCCGCAACGUGAGGUCAAGGCCUAUAUCGAGGCCCGUAGCUUAAUUUCCAGAGCUGCCACUUAUUUUUCUUCUUAAGGAAUGGCUGCAAACGGGAAACUUUUGAGCUGGUCAGACGUAAACGUGCCAAAACAACCGGAGGCUUUCCCUCUUUCCGAACACCCGAGAGUGGGCCGCAGUGACCCGAGAGGGUGGAUGACCCCUGCCGGCCACCCAUACACACCCAGCGGACUGCGCACAGUGUACGCACAUGCCUCACUGGACGUCACCCUGGACAAAUGCACUGGAAACGCCACUUCCGCAGUCCCUGCAGAAGCUGACACAGGGAGAGAUAAAGGGCCAGGGGCCAAGCAACACCUGACUGGCCCCCAGAGGCACAGGCGAGUGGCGGCCAACGCCAGAGAGAGGCGGCGCAUGCACGGGCUGAACCGCGCUUUCGACAAACUGAGGAGCGUCAUUCCUUCGCUGGAGAACGAAAAAAAGCUGUCCAAGUACGACACGCUGCAGAUGGCACAGAUUUACAUUGCCGAGCUGUCCGAGCUGCUGGAGGGCGUGGUCAGGUCCGAAUGCAGGGGACAGAAAAGCCCCCAUCGGUCCUUCCAGGCCGAGCGGAUUGUAAGGACUUGCGCAACAGAGACGCCCUCUCCAGCUCCAGUGUGCCUCGCACGGGACGCCAGUGUCCCAGAAGGACGCCUGCUUAUCCUGUCCGCUCCUACUGCCCACUACAGUCCGGAAAAGACGAAUGAGGUCAUCGCGUUGUCCAGUGCCAGCGACGGAGAGUCGUCCCACUUCAGUGACACCGAAGAAGGCCAGUCCAGAGGCUGCUGACCUUCCGAAGAGGGGGGAAAAGUGGAAAAGCUGUGCAUACUGGUACUGUGAUACAGGGGCACUCCAACACAAUAUCGUCUUAUCUGUCUGUGUUUUAGUAGACAUUAAAAGGGACCAAAUAGAAGCACGUAGCUGUUUAGUAGCCUCCUGGAUUACCCAUGAUUACCUGGCACGACACACAGAAUGUUAUACCAUAACAAAGUUGCAUUUCGAUGUCUUUUCCAAGCCCUGUAGCUGCACUUUAUUGGCUGAACAGAGCCUGCAUUGUGAUUUGCAUAUACCUUUGAUUUAAGUCCACCACAAAUGAAUCAACUGCUAUUUAUGGAUGUGAUUUGUGUUUUUUUUAUUAUCAUUAUUAUUAUUAUUAUUAACUCGAAAUUGUUUAAUAAAAACUAAUUUAAUAGACAAAAAGCACUUGCUGGUUUCCAUUUCAUUUAUUUACACCAUACCUUGAUUUAAACUGCAGAUUCACAAAGGAUAAAGUUACUUAUAAUAGAAGUCAACUGGCAGGUGCUGAAGUGCAUACAAAUACAUUAGAUGUCCAAAAGUCCGGUAAGCACCUGCUCAUCCAGCAUUUCUUCUGAAAUCAAGGGUAUUAAUAGGCAGUUUAUCCCAACUCUUCGUCCUCAGAAGCCUUUGCACUAGACAUUGGAACAUUGCUGUGAGGAUUUGAUGGCAGCCUUAGAGCAUUAGGAAGGUCAGGUACUGAUGCUGGAUGAUUAGUUGUGGAUCACUCCAACUCACAUUUAAAAAGUAAUGGUUUGAGCUCUUUAACUCCAGAGAACCCAGUUCCACUGAUUCACAGCUCAAUGCUGGGGGCUUUAUACCCCUCUAGCCAACCUUAGGCUCAUGUGCAGCUGCUCCAGAGCAUCCUGCUCUAUUUGCAGAGUUUUUUAUGGAGAUUAUACAAACUGUAUGUGCGCAUUUGAACACCUGUGUCACCUUAAAGUAGCUAAGUUCACUAGUUAUCAAGGAUGUCUUGACACUUCUUGACACAGUUUACAUCGUAGCUGAACGGAUGUAAGAGAUACAGCAGACAGAGGUUGAGAAACACUGGAAUACUCCUUUUAGCCUGGUAGAGAGAGCACUGAGAGUGACUCUCGCACGACCGUCUUAUUUCCACAUUGAUGUGUGAAGCGUAAAAGCGAGAACAGUUCAGUUGUUGAUCUCGCAGUAAUCCACAUCAUCCAUCUCAACGUCCAGUUUAGCCAAGCGUUCAGAGCUCCCUCCGUAUGACCUGGGCGCGAUCCGGGUCAGGUCUUUGAAGAGGACAUUGGACAGCACUUGUUUGAAGUCGACGGAGAUUUCGGGGGGGCUGAUGGUGAGAGAAUUUUGGUUGGGUGUGGUUUGAUCUUGGCUGGCCUCCAUGCUACAUUUGUUCUCCUGUCUGUCGGGAGUCACUACUACACUGUAAACCGUCUCUGUGUUAGGAAUGUCCUGCUGCACUUCAGGCACCUGCCUCAAGUUACAGUAGUCAGAAUCAGGGUCUUCAUCGGAUAUGCAAAGCUUAUUUGUUUCCUGCUCUUCCUCUUGUUUCUGCUUGGGUUCGGGGGGGCUGUAGUUGGGCACAGGGGGCAGUUGGGGAAUCUUCGGAGGU